CCAGGUGGCAGUAGCACAUGGAGUGAGGAUUGGAUCUGUUUGCUACACACUUCUUUGUCAUCCAGCGCUCGUCUCUUGUUUUGCGCCGCGGCUGCGCCUGCGCAGGACCUCUUGAGAAGCUGCGCGGCUCUGCAGACUUUUAAACCCGUGGAUGCGUGACCUGGAUCUGAAUCUGGACACGUUUUCCGCAGAAUGUGCUCAGACUUAGUACCUGGAAUAGAAAGGGUUGCUACUGCUUGCAAAGUCUGUGUGUGAUGCAUAUAUUUGAAUGGGAAGGCUACGAUAAAAACAGAUAUAUCUUACUAAAUACAAACCGAAGGCGGUGUUUCUGAAUGCAAAGAGGAUUCCGCUAGAGCAGUCUCAAACUAAACCAGUGAAGAUGGACGUCAGUGUCUCCGUGUGGUUGUUUCAAGACGAGCUCGCCUCCACCGUCGAGCUCGCAGUGAAAGCGGCUGCAGACAGCGUCGUGUGCGCGAUUACUGAAGCUGUGAGCAGCAAAUUCACUGAAUUACAAGAGGACAUGUCUGCAGUGGAGAGAGAGAAUGAAACUCUGAAGCUGAGAUUGGAAAUAUCAGAGAGCGAGCUGAAAGCCGUGCGAGGGUGUAUAAACGCUGCAGAUGCAGAUAUUAAACAGCCUUUCAUAUUUCAAGAUCCCAUAGAGAGCCACGCUAUCCCUGAAUCUGAAGCACAGGAGGGGCCAAAGAUAGAAGCAGUUUACACACAAGAGGAGUCCUUUGAGCCGGAGUGGUGUGCAAGUCUAAUACAGGUUACAGGGCUGCCAUGUGUUAAAGAUGAAGACGUCCCUGAACAGGAAUGUGUUCCUAUUAAAGAGGAAUUCAUAGAACAGGAAUGUGUCCCCAUCGCAGAGGAACUUCCUACUGAAAAUAAUGUCUGUACACUUGAGGAGAACAAUAAGCUGGGAUCCAACCUGUGUGAUGAUUCUCCAUCUGGAUGUGAUCUGGGAUUUGGAGCUUUUAAAGUAGAUGAAGGAGAACACGACUCCACUCCAUCACCCCAGUGCAAAAACUCUUCUAGAGGCAAACCUCAGUGCAAGAAACACAGAGAAACAACACCCCAAGAAGAGUAUGUGAAGACAUUGAGAACUCACUCAGUUAAAAUCCCUUCUUUACAAGACAGACACCCACUUACUGUGGAGUGUACAGAGACACCACAUUCUGCAUGUUUUAACAAUUCAGAAACCCAGGGCAACUUGAAGACCUUGCCUCAUUCUAUUAAAGGUGGGAGCAGUUCUUGUCAAUUAGACGUUCCUGAAACUCACAAGGGAAAUCCCACAGGAGGGACUACGUUUUCCUGGGCUGAUUGUGGGAAGAGUUUCAAUCAUAUAUCACUGCUUAAAAGACACCAGCGCAUUCACACAGGAGAGAAACAUUCCCACAUACAGACCAGUGAUAAGAGUUUCACACAGUUAGGAAAUCUUCAUUCACACCAGCGCAUUAUCACAGGAGAGAAACCUCAUCACUUUGAUGUUUGUGGGAAGAGAUUCAGCCAUUUAAGAGACCUUAAAAGACACCAUCAGAUUCACACAGGAGAGAAACCUUAUCACUGUGCUGUUUGUGGGAAGAGAUUCAGCCUGUUUGGAAACCUUAAAAGACACCAUAAAAUUCACACAGGUGUGUAAUCCUCUCCCUGCACUUAGUGUGGAGAAGUGAAGUCAGUUGCAGGCUCUUACAGGACUCGAGAACAUUCUCAGAAUUGCAGACGCUUGGGGACACCUAAACAACAGGAGUGCAUUUGACUAAAUACAGAAAUAUUUACUGAAAACAAAACAAUAAACCUGCUUGAUAAACAGGGUCCCCCCUAAUCACAAUCUGUUCAGAUCAAAAGCUCACAGACUCAAAUAUGAACGAGUACAUCUUGUAUUCAUCGUCUUGUUGAGCAUUCGGAUUGUGUUACCUCACAUUAGUAAUAUAUUAAAUAGAUGUGUUAUUAUGAAUGCACGUUUCUCUUUCCUUUCUCAUGCGUUGCUCAGCCUCUUGCAGUGGGUUCUGUGGAAGCUUCUCCGAUACCACGGUGAAUCUGCGGCACCUCAAGACACAGCACAGUGUACUGCAGUUAUCAUGCGGGCAGCUUGCAGUGUAAGCAGUACUGUUUCCAGCAGGGGGCACCAGAGAGCUUUUAGGAAUGUAAUGGUCUGCAUACCAUUGCUUCUUAACGAGAUGAUUUCUUUAAUACUGCCCUCUCUCUCUCUCUCGGGUAAUCUAUUAACAAACGCAGGUUCUGUGUUUUUAAUAUCAAUUUGUUGAUUGACUUCGAGACUACUAAACCAAAUAAAAUCUAUAUUAAAAAUGUUUUGCUGUCUGUAUUAAAUGCUGUUUUAAAUGUUGUUCAGUGUCUUGUCAAUCAAGGAUUUAAUUUUAAACAUCCAGUAAUAAAUACUGUAGAUGUCCUUGUUUCUGCAUUUCUUAUAUAUACCAUGACUGGAGCAGCUUUUUAAACUGCUGUCUGCUCAUACAAGCGAUCCAUGUGCA